UAUUAAUCAUAUGUGGAGCAAAGUUCACCUAAAGAAGAUUGCUACUAUUCAAGAGACUUUCGAUGACCAAGGAGUCGUAAAGAGAGGAAGCUGAACAGAAAUUAGAAGAAGUGAUAGACUUCAAAUAAAAACCAGGAGGGACACCACCACCAAGAGCAGAGAUAAAUAUCAAUCUCCUGCUACAAAAAUAAAUUCUUCAAAUAAACAGAUCACCUCUACAAAAAGAGCCAAACCUGAAUUCACCAGCUCUAAAUUCAGGAGUAGCAACACAGGAAGCUACAAGAGGUACAUGGAUAGUGAAUCUAAGAAAUAAGGCAAACAAUCUCCUCGCUAAACUACGAACGCAAAAACCAAUUUAAAAUUAAAAUAAACCUUCUUAAGGAGAAAAGAGAAAUUGAGAAGCAGCAGAUGAAGGAGCAAGGUUUUCCAUUCUUAGGAGAAAAAGGCCCAAAAGCUCUCCCUACCUACUCAAAUCGUCAUAAUUUUAUCAAGCAGCAAGAGAAGGUUUCAAAUAAGAUUAAAGAGAUCCAUGACCUGAAUACCAGUAUAGCAACUAAGCGUAAAAGAGUCUUUGAGGACCGUAAAGGGCCUCUGAAGAACUACUACAGCUUUACCAAUCGCAAGCAGAAGAGUCUCCGUGAUAACCAUAUCAGAGCCAAGACUCUGAAAGCAUCCGUCACCAGUAGUAAAAGUAGUCUCCUGGGGGCUAUCAAGAAGAAUCUUCCGAAAAUAUUGGAAAACAGGAGAUCCUUGAACACGAACAGUUCACAAAAGUGUAUGAAGGACGGGAAGAUGUUCAUUAACCUUCUUCCGAAGCAAGACUUCUCUGAUCUCCAUUCCAGAUACAAGAUCAUGAAUUGUGAAAGCAUGAAUGAAUUAAAAUAUGAAUUCAAGCGGGAGUUCGAUAGGCAAUAUAAUUCCGAACACUUGCAAAAUCAUCAAAGCGAGUUUGGCAGAAACACUGAAAAACAGAUCAUAAUGUCCCCAGAAUUUGACAAGAAAACAACUAAUAGAGGUAUUGAGACUUAUCAGAAGGUAACCAGGCGAGGUCUUAGCAAGAUCACUCCUGUGAAGCAGAUUGAUAUUCAGAACAUUAAGGCCGGAUCAGAAUCACUACUAAACUGAGAAGAGACUAAGGAUGAUUCUCCAGUCUUGGUUCGAAACAAAUAUUUCACAGUUAGCUUUAAAGAGCCUGGGCUAGAUAUUGAGAAGUAUUUGGCCCGCACUCCUUCAGAAUCAGAGCGCUUACCAGACUCUGAUAUGGAAGAGUGAGAAAGCAGUCAGAUAAGCCAGCUGUUAAGCGAGGACAUUGAUGAGCCAAAAUUCAUCAGCAAUCUUGAGGAAUACGACCUUAAAAAUUACCAAGCCAAGCGGAAUAUCUAGUACUACAAAGAUAGUA